GUGGAGAAAGAGAUAAGAAAAGCUAAUAUCCCUAUUAUGGACACUGGUGAAAACCCAGAGGUGCCCUUCCCCCGGGACAUGAUUGACUUAGAGGCCAAUUUUGAGAAGAUUGAAAAUGAACUGAAGGAAAUCAACACAAACCAGGAAGCUCUGAAGAGAAAUUUCCUGGAACUGACUGAACUAAAAUUUAUACUUCGCAAAACUCAGCAGUUUUUCGAUGAGGCUGAAUUGCAUCAUCAGCAGAUGGCGGAUCCAGACUUGUUGGAAGAGUCCUCGUCCCUCUUGGAGCCAAGUGAGAUGGGAAGAGGCACACCUUUAAGACUUGGCUUCGUGGCUGGUGUGAUUAACCGGGAGCGCAUCCCUACUUUUGAGCGCAUGCUUUGGCGGGUCUGCCGGGGAAAUGUGUUCCUGCGACAGGCUGAAAUCGAGAACCCCCUGGAGGAUCCUGUGACUGGUGACUACGUGCACAAGUCCGUAUUCAUCAUUUUCUUCCAAGGCGAUCAGCUGAAAAACAGAGUCAAGAAGAUCUGCGAAGGGUUCCGGGCCUCACUCUAUCCCUGUCCUGAGACACCACAGGAGAGGAAGGAAAUGGCUUCUGGAGUUAAUACCAGGAUUGAUGAUCUCCAAAUGGUACCAGAGGGCUGGAGGGAAUUUUUUUGUGUGAAAUACUAUAAUCGAAGACUGUUCCCCUUCCUUGAAACACUAACAGUUAUCUGGAACAUUGCUACCAAUAAACUGACCUUUCUCAACUCCUUUAAAAUGAAGACAUCUGUUAUCCUAGGCAUCAUCCACAUGAUGUUUGGAGUCACUUUGAGCCUCUUCAACCAUACCUAUUUCAAGAAGCCCCUGAAUAUCUACUUUGGAUUUAUUCCUGAAAUAAUCUUCAUGACCUCUUUGUUUGGCUACUUGGUUAUCCUUAUAUUUUACAAGUGGACAGCCUAUAAUGCUAAUACAUCUGAGAAAGCGCCAAGCCUCCUGAUCCAUUUCAUAAACAUGUUUCUCUUUUCCUACGGGGACUCUAGUAAUUCGAUGCUGUAUUCCGGACAGAAAGGAAUUCAGUGUUUCCUGGUAGUGGUUGCGCUACUGUGUGUACCUUGGAUGCUACUAUUUAAACCACUGGUCCUUCGCCAUCAAUAUUUGAGGAGGAAGCAUUUGGAAGGGCAGCCUGUGGAGGCCCCAGUCAGCCCAACCCCGAGCCAGCAGGGACUAGAGGCAGCAGCGGCUGCAACAGGAACUCUCAACUUUGGUGGGAUCAGGGUGGGCAACGGACCGACAGAGGAGGAUGCUGAGAUUAUUCAGCAUGACCAGCUCUCCACCCAUUCAGAGGACGCGGAAGAGCCUACCGAGGAUGAAGUGUUUGACUUUGGGGACACCAUGGUCCACCAGGCCAUCCACACCAUCGAGUACUGCCUGGGCUGCAUCUCUAACACCGCCUCCUACCUGCGGCUCUGGGCCCUCAGCCUCGCUCAUGCACAGCUGUCUGAGGUGCUUUGGACCAUGGUGAUCCACAUCGGCCUCAGCGUGAAGAGCUUGGCAGGAGGUUUGGCGCUGUUCUUCAUUUUCGCCGCCUUUGCCACCCUGACCGUGGCCAUCCUCCUGAUCAUGGAGGGCCUCUCGGCCUUCCUCCAUGCGCUGCGGUUACACUGGGUGGAGUUCCAGAAUAAAUUCUACAGCGGAACCGGUUUCAAGUUCCUACCCUUCUCCUUCGAACACAUUCGGGAAGGGAAGUUUGACGAGUGAGCCCAUCCUGGGGCUGUGUGCCGGCAGGCUGCCCUCCCCACUCCCUGCACAGUGGUUACCUGUGCUCCUCUUGCCUGUUGAUUGUGUUCCCUGGAUAUCGGGGCGUUUGUGUCAUCCCAGCCACCCCUCCCCCAGCUGCCUGUGAGUCAUUUAGAUAGAUCCGUCCCUCCCUGAGUCCCCUGCCACAGCCACCUUCAUGUGUAGUGUAGAGAGAAGCCGGGCUCUGGCUGUCACUUACACCCACUAGGCACCGGCCUUGCCCUCCCAGCCUCCGUCCAGCCAGAGACAGCCCCUUCUCUGUCCCCUGGUGAUGAAAAAGUUUGUGCAUUUUACAUUUGAGCCCAAAGCCCACGGAAGGAGUGCUGUCACCAUCCACACCCCAGACUUUGAGCCCCCUUUUCCUGCCACUCUAGUUACUGGUUGGGGGCAGGGGUGCUCUUUAACAUGCCCCAUUCUUGGGUUAGCAGGGGUAGUUCCAGGAAGGUGGCAUGUCUGUCCUCUGCCCAUCCCCUCUGGUCUUCAGAACAGUUGUUAAUCAGGAAUUCAGCUGGGCCCAGCUGUGCCGUCGUGCGCCGCUUCUCCCUGUCACUCCCAAGGGUCCCAGGGUGCCCAGCACCACCUCCCUAACCACGCCCUCUCCUCCUCCCUCCCAGAAUCCCCUCCUUCCCCCUGCCCCUGUGUGUACCCAGCAUAACAGCACAGCCGGGAGUGACCCGAGCAGAGAGGUCCUGGGCUGCCUCCUCUGGUUGGAGGCUUCUCAGGCCAAGCUGUGGGCCCCGCCACAAGCACGCUCUCUGGGCAGAGGGUUCAAACCGUUGCUCUUGCCUGGUGCAGACCCCAAGACCUUCCCCUACCCCCAAUCAUGAGUCUUGAGGGCAGGACCGUAGUCAUCCAGGGUGGUUCUGCCUGCAGACCUGCCUUCUCUGCCCUCCCGUGCCCCUCCCCACUUCCACUGGGGACCCCAGUCAAGGGAGUGGGGUCCUGGGCAGCGAAGGCUGGUGCCAUUUACAUUUUGCAGAUUGGAGGCAAUGGCCAGGGCUGCAGUGUGCUGGUUGUGAGAGCUGCACCCCCACCCCCACCCCCACGGGCCACCUCUCCUGUCACCCCCAGGGCUAUGGCUUUUAGCCUUUGAAUCAUGUGUUGACACAGCAGCCCUGGCUGCUUCAGCUAAAUUGAACCCUGGGGCCCCCAGUGGUGGAGAUAAUUCCCUGAAUGGGCCAGGCCCCUGCCCUCCUCCCACCCUGGCUUUUCUGAGUGAGUUACUUAGAGCUGCUCACGACUCUCCUGGCCAUGGGCCACCCACCCCAGCUUCCCCGUGUGCUGGCCAGUGUGACCCUGUGCUGAGCCCCCUCCCCUCUGGGCCCGGUGGUUUACAUGAUGACUUUGCUCUGGGUACAGCAGGGUUUGAAGCAGAGGUCUUUGUCAGGAACCCUGCCCAAGGCCCUUGUGUUCACACAUUCCUGUGCUGAAUAAAGUGUGCUUGACCCUA